AUGCCCUCAGAAGAUAUAAUCGACGCCAUUCUUUCGACAAAAUACGUGUGUUCUAUCAUUUUCUUUUCUAUUUUUGAAUUAAUUUUCUUUUUUCUUUGCAGAUUUACCUUCGCACAUUUUUUUUUUAUAUUUUUCCUUCACACUGUUGAUUUUAUAACGGUUUUUUUCUUAUUUUCAUUCAUUUAUUUUAGUCUCUCUUUUUCCCUAUCAAUAUACGAUUUGCCAUGUCAAAACUUUCAUUAUUUCUCUCUUUUCGUUUACUUUUUCUCUCUUUACAGACCACCUUCGUUUACAUUCUCUUACAUUCUGCUCUGUUCAAAACUCAGUUCUUUCUUUUUUAUCUCUCUCUCUCUCUCUCUCUCUCUCUCUCUCUCUCUCUCAUUCUCUUGCAUCAUCAUUAAAAAAAUUCUCUUUUUAAUAGCUCGAUCAUUCUCAAUCGUUCUCUUCUCUAUCCCAAACCUAUUUAUUUAUUUUCUCUCUGUCUUCCCACGUCUCUCUAUCACAUUCCUGUUGCUCUAUCAAAACUUUAUUUCUUUUAAGACCCACUUCUUUCUGAUUUUCUUUCUUCUCUAUUCAGAACUUGUCUAUUUUUCUUUCUAUCUUUCUUGCUCAUUGCCUCCCCGCUAUCGCACACUUGCUUCUCUAUUUAAAAUUUCUUUCUUUCUUUCAUUAUCCCUUUAUUUAUUACAACAUUUCCUUCUUUCUUUCUUUCUUUCUUUCUUUCUUUCUUUCUUAUCACUCUCUUACUUCUUACACCAAGAUAGCUAUUGGUCUAUUGUGCAAUUGGGUGAUUCGAUGGACGAGACACUUAAUUCUCUCUCUCUCUCUCUCUCUCUCUCUCUCUCUCUCUCUCAUUCUAUCAGCAUUUAUCUCUCUAUUUCUCUCUAUCUUUUUUCUUUCUUUCUCUCUUUCUUUCUCUCUCUCAGCCUCUUUCUUUCUCUCUCUCUCACACUCUCAUUCUCUCUCUCUAUAUAUAUAUAUAUAUAUAGUACUUAA